CUAGAGUUGGGAAGACAUCACUGAUUAUGUCUCUGGUCAGUGAAGAAUUCCCAGAAGAGGUUCCUCCCCGGGCAGAAGAAAUCACCAUUCCAGCUGACGUCACCCCUGAGAGAGUUCCAACGCACAUUGUAGAUUACUCAGAAGCAGAACAGAGUGAUGAACAACUUCAUCAAGAAAUAUCACAGGCUAACGUUAUCUGCAUAGUUUAUGCUGUUAACAACAAGCAUUCUAUUGAUAAGGUAACAAGUCGAUGGAUUCCUCUCAUAAAUGAAAGAACAGACAAAGACAGCAGGCUGCCUUUGAUAUUGGUUGGGAACAAAUCUGAUCUGGUGGAAUACAGUAGUAUGGAGACCAUCCUUCCUAUUAUGAACCAGUACACAGAAAUAGAAACCUGUGUGGAGUGUUCAGCAAAAAAUCUGAAGAACAUAUCGGAGCUCUUCUAUUAUGCACAGAAAGCUGUUCUUCAUCCUACAGGGCCCCUGUACUGCCCAGAGGAGAAAGAGAUGAAACCAGCCUGUAUAAAAGCCCUUACUCGUAUAUUUAAAAUAUCUGAUCAAGAUAAUGAUGGUACUCUCAAUGAUGCUGAACUCAACUUCUUUCAGAGAAUUUGUUUCAACACUCCGUUAGCUCCUCAAGCUCUAGAAGAUGUCAAAAAUGUAGUCAGAAAACAUAUAAGUGAUGGUGUGGCUGAUAGUGGAUUGACACUGAAAGGUUUUCUUUUUUUACACACACUUUUUAUUCAGAGAGGGAGACAUGAAACUACUUGGACUGUGCUUCGACGAUUUGGUUAUGAUGACGAUCUGGAUUUGACACCUGAAUAUUUAUUUCCCUUGCUAAAAAUACCUCCUGAUUGCACUACUGAAUUAAAUCAUCACGCAUAUUUGUUUCUCCAAAGUACUUUUGACAAGCAUGAUUUGGAUAGAGACUGUGCUUUGUCACCUGAUGAGCUUAAAGAUUUGUUUAAAGUUUUCCCUUACAUACCUUGGGGGCCAGAUGUGAAUAACACAGUUUGUACGAAUGAAAAAGGCUGGAUAACCUACCAGGGAUUCCUUUCCCAGUGGACGCUCACGACCUAUUUAGAUGUGCAGCGAUGCCUGGAGUAUUUGGGUUAUCUAGGCUAUUCAAUAUUGACUGAGCAAGAGUCUCAAGCUUCAGCCAUCACAGUAACAAGAGAUAAAAAGAUAGACCUUCAGAAAAAACAGACUCAAAGAAAUGUGUUCCGAUGUAAUGUAAUUGGGAUGAAAAACUGUGGGAAAAGUGGAGUUCUUCAGGCUCUUCUUGGAAGAAACUUAAUGAGGCAGAAGAAAAUUCGUGAUGACCAUAAAUCAUACUAUGCAAUUAACACUGUUUAUGUAUACGGACAAGAGAAAUACUUGUUGUUGCAUGAUAUCUCAGAAUCGGAAUUUCUAACUGAGGCUGAGAUCCUUUGUGAUGUUGUGUGCCUGGUAUAUGAUGUCAGUAACCCUAAAUCCUUUGAAUACUGUGCCAGGAUUUUUAAGCAACACUUUAUGGACAGCAGAAUACCUUGCUUAAUCGUAGCUGCAAAGUCAGACCUGCAUGAAGUCAGACAAGAAUAUAGCAUUUCACCUACUGAUUUCUGCAGGAAACACAAAAUGCCUCCACCACAAGCCUUCACUUGCAAUACUGCUGAUGCACCCAGUAAAGACAUCUUUGUUAAAUUGACAACAAUGGCCAUGUACCCAGAGGAUCAUUACAGAGACAGACUCUCCCGAGACAUGGGCAACACUGAUAGAAUAGAGAAUUUGAGAAAAAUCUGGGUCUUUCUAAAAACUGCUUUCCAUGCCCGGUUACGCUGUAUGUGCACCUGCAACAGGUGUACAUUUUGCAUCUGUCAGAACUUCCUCAACUCAGACUUGCUGCAAUCUGUAAAGAACAAAAUCUUCACUGCAGUUCUUAACAGAUCUGUACAUCACCUCUGUCAGAGGAAGGCACCAAAGAGGAGGUAUACUGCUGAGCCAGUCCUGAUUGAAAGGAGAACUUUUCUGACCUGAGGGAAGGCAACUGAAUAAUGACUAGCAGAGGGGAAACAGAGGUAAGUGCUCAAACUCUGUAUAGGGCAUAAACCUUUCCUAAACAGACCCUCACAAUGCACCUGGUGUUAACUUUGAUGCCCCUUUUGUCUCAAUUUUACUAGUAAACAUCAGUGUAAAAGUGUCUUUAAAAUACAUGUGCAAAUCUUAAAAAUGAAUAUGUGACCUAAUUUUCAUUAGCACAUUUAUUUGGCAUCAUCCUCGAAUUUUUAAUAGUCCAUGUGAUUUUAGGAAGCUGAUUCGGGACUAGAUGCUUUUUGAGAAAUACCCCAUGUCAAGAUUCUAAAUUUAUUUAAUGUUUGUAGUAUGAGAAUGCUCCAUGCAGGUAGCCUGAACCAAAAACCUCGAUCCCCAGAUUCACAGUCCCAAUAACCCAUUUGUUAAAACCUCUAAUCUUACAAGUACUUCUUGUCUUUUAAACUCUAUUUAUCAAAAGGCUCCAUCAGUAACAGUGAAUGUCUGUUAACCUGUUUGGCUCUCAGCUCUUUGGAAGUCUCUGACCUGUGAGUAUCACAGUUACUGUGUCUCAGAUCUCUCUAGUGCAUCCCCAAUUCAAAAACUAUGUCCCCUUGCCUCCCGUGGCAUGCUUACACUUGUCAUACCAUUUGUCUCAGUUAUUUUUGGUUCAGAAAACACAGACACCUUACUAAAGGGUGAGAUUUUGAAAUCAUUAGGAAACUUCCUAACUUCGUAGUGCCAUUCUGGUUCCUAGCUGUAUUUUCCAGUGAUAAUGUUUUACUCUGUCGUUUUCUCUUCUCCUUUAGCAUAGAGAGCUGCAGAAAGACAGUAAAAUUGAGAGAUUGUCAUUCCUUCUGGGUUUGAAAGCUGCAUGUCAGAUACACACAAACAAGGAGGCCUUGCCAGUAUUAUCCUCAUCUGUUGAAAAAUUCAAGUUCUGUACGAACACUUUUCCUCUUUCAGUAUUUUCCUAUUCAUACUUUACCCAUGUCUUUUAUGAUCUAAAUAACCCUUGGAAGUGUUUGUUAUUAAAAUGACAUGGGUAUAUAGGCUGUGGUGUAACUUAGGGGUCGCAAACUUUUUCUGUAAAAGGUCAGAUAGUAAAUAUUCGAGAUUUUUGCAGCUGCUCAACUAUGUCAUAGCAAGAAAGUAGCCACAGACAUUAUGUAAACAAAUGAGCGUGACUGCAUCCCAAUAAAACUUUAUUUAUAGGCACCGAAAUUUGAACUUUGCAUAAUUUUCACUUGUCAAAAAAUAUUCUUACUUUGAUUAUUGUAACCACUUAAAAAUGUAGAAACUAUUCUUGGCUCAUGGACUGUAGAAAAACAGGCUGUGGGCCAGAUUUGACCAACUCCUUGGUGUAAUUGAUGAAAGUACUAGUAGUAAAUGCAUAGCAGGUUAAAAAAAUUUACCUGAUUGUUUCGGAAUUUGAAAAGGUACAGUACUAGGAAGAACUUAAAACGACUGUAGUCAUGUUUUAUUUAUAGGGAAACCAAGAUUGGACCUGCAGAAAGUGUUUGAUUUCUUUCACUCUUACUGAUGGUCCUGUUGUUCACCAGAACAUGGUGCUCUGGCUGAGCUGGCGCCCACCUCGCAGCAUGGCACUCAGAAGGUAAAGGGAGCGUCAAUUCCACUUCCUCUGAGCACUCAUCUGGAGCUGUUGUUUUGAUACUUGAUCCAUGUUUGCUUUCCCUUUGUCUGGUUGCGUAAUUGACAUAGGUGGAAGGUGAAGGAAUCCUACAAGAAUGUUUCCUUUGAACUCUAGUUAUCUGGGGACUGUCCCCUUGUGUGCCUGACAGUGUGAUAAUGCUGCUUAUUUCUUUAGAUUUGAAAGUCAAAAUAUCAGAGCUUAAAUAGACCACAAAGACCAUCUGUCCAACUCUGUACAUUUAUAGCAUAAACUGAGCACAAAGCCAUACAAUUAGUGUGUGCCUGGGCUAGGACUAGAUGUCCUGAUUCCCAGUUCGGCACUCUUUCCACUGUAGGAGCCAGCCUUAACAACUUGCCUUGAUUUUAUACCUUUAGUAAAUAUGCUGUAUGUUCAGUUUAAAAACGCAGGCAAGAAAAAGAGGAGAGAGAGAGAAAGAAAAAAAUAAACCAAUAAAGAGUUUGACAUUUCUAUUACUAAGAAAGGUUAAAGUUGGCAAAGCAAAUUUUCUGGAUGCUUUUCAGUUCCUCCGAGGCAUUUUGCCUUCCCUUCUUGUAGCUGUCACCAGGCAAUUGAUGAUGUCUAUUUAGAGGAGUGCAGGCUUGGUGGUUAGGUUUAUUUCAGGUACAGAUAAUUGAGGGAAGGUAAGGAUGUGUAACUACUCUUUUAAAAGCAUUCUUUGCGGGUUUUGUUUAAUUGUUCUAAAAUUGUUAAUUUUGAAAAAAUUACUGUUUUGCUUUUUAUUUAUAAAUGGAAGAGUAUCUUGGAACAGGGGCUUGAAUGGAGGGGAAACCUCCUUAGGCUAAAGUUUUGUCAUUAACUGUUUUUAUCUCUACUUUUCCAGUCUGCCUCUGGGAUUUCUAUAAUUCCAGCCUCUUUUAUCCCAGCUUGUUCUGUAUAUGGUCUAGAAGAGCAUCAGGAACUCAGUGUGUCUUCAUAUACUCUCUUACUCUUUCUACUGAUUCCCUGUAGGUUCUUUUACUUUCCCCCCAGAUUCUUAAAGUGCGGUCACGACACCUGGGAACUUGUAAGGAAUACAGUUAUCAGGUCCCACCCCAGACCUAGUGAAUCAGAAACUUGAAGGUUGGGGCCCAGCAAAAUCUGUGUUAACCACCCACGGCCCCAUCCCAUGAUUCUGCUAAAGUUUGAGAACCACUGCACUAGACACUGAGGAGGUAGAAGUAGUUCAAUCCAAUGGCUUUGCCCUCAAAGAGGUUAUAGUCUGGAUAACUAAGUUAACAGUGGUUAAAUUUUUUUAAAGACAAUUUAAUUAUGUGUAAGUAUAAUUUUAAUUUAAAAAGGGAAUAAACUUAACAUCUUCCCUUUCCUCUUAUGAUAAAAUUCAAAUCCUAAGGUAGUUUACAAAGCCCUGAAGACCUGGCCCCAGACCUUCUUUGCAGCCAAAUGUACACUGUCCCACGUGACUACCCUCUAGUCAAAGAGAUCAUCUUUCGGCUCUAAGAAUGCACCUUGCUCUCUGUGGAGUGCUUUGCCAGAUGCUCCCUCCAUCUAAAACCCUGUCCUCCCAGCUUCUCAUCUUUUGGGUCCCAGAGGGUCAAGGCCAGGAUGCCAGUGUCCAGGAGCUGAGUCUUGGUGUUUAAGAUACAUGUGUCCACUUCAUCCUCCUGUUCGCGGCAUUGACACCCCUGCCCUCACUUGUGCUUUGUCCAGUUACUGUCUCUUUUACCCUCUCUAAAGAUUCCGUUAAAGGGGUUUAAGCAGGGGAGUGAUGUACUAGGCAGGUCUUGACAAAUUGCCUGUUCCCCUGUCCCUGGGAACUGAACCUGGGGUAGCUGACCAGUCUCCGUCCUGCUGUAUUGGCAGUGAACUGAGUCCCAAAUCUUUCUACCGCAGCCCUCCCAGCCCCCCACUAUUGUGUGCCUACCUAACCUUAAAGUACCCAGGGGGAUACAUGUCAAUCUGCUUGUGUCUAACUUAAUUUUCUUGAUUUAUCCAACCCUUGCUUUUUUUUUUUUUUUUUUUUUAAUUUCUUAGUUGCUCUGCAACAUGUGGGAUCUUCCCGGACCAGGGCUCGAACCCGUGUCCCCUGCACUGGCAGGCGGAUCCCUAACAACUGUGCCACCAGGGAAGUCCUGCAACCCUUUCUUAAGAAGCAACUUUACUCAGUCACUGUAGCCCUUGUGGAAACACUGACUGGCAGCCCUGGAAACGAAGGAUCUUUAGGUGGUAUUGGCAAUUCACUAGGUUGCUGGGGGAGGAGUAGAAAAGCAUGGACUUAAGAGCUAAAAUUUUGAAUCCCAACUUUGCCACAUUCAUUGUACAAACGACUUGAUUUUCUGGUUCUGUUUCCUCUCUCUAAAAUGAAGAUUAGGAUCACUGUGCACAUUCACUAAGAUCCGUCCCUGGUGGUAUUUCAUCUUCCUCCUUCCCCAGGAGAAUAGAUCUUCAUCCCCACAGCAAGCACCACUGAGGGGCAAGGCUCUGCCCCUCCUACGCUUGGGUGGCAGCCAGAUUUUUUUUCUACGUGUAUCUGACAAAUGUCUUGAUUAAGCUCUCUUGAGUAUUAGGGCCAGUAAAAUGUCCCUCGCCCCUGUUGUCUUGGCAGGCGGCACAAAUAGCUGACUUGCCUAUCUUGCUGGCUACUUUCUCUUUCUCAGUCUCUUGCUGAGUCUUCAACCUGUCUUCAACCUUUAAAGUGUUAGCAUAUCCCAGGGUUCUGUCCUGAGUUUCCUUAUCCUCUCUGCCUAUACUGUCUCUAGGUGAUCUCAUCGAGUGCCCUGAUUUUAUUUUUCUAAAUUUUUAUUUUGGAAUAAUUUGAAACAUUUUAAAAGUUGUAAAAAUAAUAGGGUUUGUCUAUU